UUCAUGUCUAGUAUACGAGGGAAAUUGAUCACCGUAAACUAAUAUACAAUUGUAUUAAAAAUACUUGCCGAUCGCGAUUUUUCGCGUACUCACAUCAACUGUCAGCAUGAUUCUUGAAUUGUUGCUUGUAAUAGGCGCUACUGCUAUUGCAGAAGCAGUUUCACAACAGCCUCUAGCAAAUCCUUGCCUGUAUAAUUUGCCGAUGCCGACUAAACCAGAUCCGGAAGAUUGUGUUGGUUAUUUUGGACUAUACAACGAUGAAUAUGUGCAGCAGUACUGUCCACCGGGUGCCAAGUAUAGCACAACUUUGGGUUGCUGUAUAACAGGGCGCUGUCCUCCUUGCAAUUGUGAAAAUACAGUAACAACAACUGCAAUUACAACACCUACAUAUUCUUCUACACCUAGGAAUGAAUGUGGCAGUACAGAAAGUGACUUAACCACUUCUAAUGCGACACAUAGUACAGAGUUCCAUGACACUACCAACGAGUCAGGGGAUGACUCAACUUUGGGUGAUAUCACUACUGAGUUUCCCAAGCAGUCCUCGACGGAUACCACUGCAAAUGAAAUGAAUACUUCUACUGAAACAGCAAACCGAUCCGAUGAAACUACUGAUCUAACAGAUGAAGUAGAUGUCACAACAACAUCGGUAGAGGUUACUAGUCAAGAAAUUUCGACAACUUCAAACCCAGCACAUGAGGUUACAGAAACACCACCAAAUAAUAGUGAUACGUCUAUUGACGAAAAUGUUUCCUCUAUUAAAACUACAUCAAUUACGUCAAUUGAGACAACAAAUGCAGUAUCCGAUCUCAGCACGUUUUCAUCCACUAAUGUCGACAGUUCCUCCAUAUCAACAGAGCUUUCGAGUGAAGCGUCGACCAUACCGUCUGAAACUACAAAUCGAGCGUCCGAUGGUACAGAGAUUACUACUCCACUACCAACCAGCACGGAGACUUCAGCAACUUCAAGUCCAAUGCCUAGCGAUACAACUUCAACAGAAAUCAAACCUACAACAUCUACUGAUACAACAAAAAUAAUUUCUGAUGAAACCACUGCUUCGACCAGCAGCGAAAAAUCCUCGUCAACAACUGAACUGACAAGGAGUACAACCGAAUCUACCACAACGGAAAUCACUACAUUAACGACCACUUCAACAACAGCCAAGACGACAACAGUGCCAGUUGAAAAAUCGUGUACCACCUUGCCGACAGGUACUUUUUUGCCAGAUCCGGAUCAUUGCAGUCGCUAUUAUGUUUGCAGCUAUGGCCAGGCAAUUAUUAUGCAUUGUCCUUCGCCACUUUGGUUCGAUAUAAAAUUGAAUGUGUGCAACUACCCAGAAAAUGUUUCAUGCCCUGCGAAUCGAGACUGAUUGUUACAGGAGUUACGCAUAUUGAAAGUUGCAAAUAUUCAGGUAAUAUUAUAAAAUUGAUUAAAUGUAUUCGAUUGUAUGCAGAUUUUUUUAUAAUAGAACGAAACAAGAUUAAUAUGGUGGGCUUUAUAAUAAUAAUUUAAUUAUUGUAAUAAAGGUGAAAUAUAAUCUCAAAUCUAAUGCGAA